GCCACUCGCGCUCCAGCUCGCCAGCUCCAGGCCCCGCCGCCCCGACUCUCCGAGCUGAGCCCCAUGGCCCGCGCCGCCACCGCCGCCGCACCCCGCGCUCUCCGGCUCCUCGGCGCCGCGCUGCUGCUCCUGCUGCUGGUCCCCGCCGGCCGCCGCGCCGCAGGUGCGCCCGUGGUCGCCGAGCUGCGCUGCCAGUGCUUGCAGACCUUGCAGGGAAUUCACCUCAAGAACAUCCAGAACGUCAAGGUGACGCCCUCGGGACCCCACUGCGCCCAAACCGAAGUCAUAGCCACUCUCAAGAAUGGGCAGGAGGUUUGUCUCAACCCCGAAGCCCCCAUGGUCAAGAAAAUCAUCAACAAGAUGCUAAACAACUCCAACUGACCAGAGGAAGGAGGAAACUGAUUGGUGGCUGAAUACCUGAAUCAGGCCCCCCCCUUACAGGAACCCAAGAGGAAUCAUCCGUUCCCAAUGCCACCUCCGCUGGGCCUAAUAUCUCCUAGGAGAGUUCUUCUGUUUAUUUAUUUAUUUAUUGGUUGGUUGGUUUUCAAAGAUUUCCAUGUUAAUAUUUUAUAUAUAAAAUAAUUAGGAUGUAAUUGAAUCUAUUUGUGCACUGUACCACUAUUUUUAUUGUUUAUUUUAUGUUAAACCCAACUUAGUUCAGCCCUGAUUCUUAUCUAAUUUGAAGGUAAAAGGCUUGCAAAUAUUCUCCAAUCAUUAAGUUAAUACUUCUGAGGGGCCCACAGCAUUGCCAGCCACUGUGACUGAGGCUGGGGCAAGAGGGGUGUUCAAGCAAAUAGAGAGUGAGGUCAUUGUCAGUUUGAGGAAUAUAUGUGUACAUCUAUUUCUGUAAUUGUUUAAAAGAAUGUCAGCUAUUAUUUAUUGAAAUAAUUUCACAGUAUGUGGUCAACAUUUCUCAUGUUGAAGCUUUAGGAACUACAAUGUUCUAAAUAUCCUUUGGACAUUUUAUGUCUUUCUUGUAAGGCAUAAUGCCUUGUUUAGUGUUAAUUACGUGGUGUUUCUCUAUGUCUUCUAACAGAGAGGUUCAAAUAUUCAUUGUUGUUUUUGCAAAGAACUUGAAAAUAAAGUACUUCAAAGUAAAAA